UGUGCGUGUGAAAAAUUUCUAUAUUUUGAUAAACAAACAAGGCGCAAACACAGUGUCAGCAGCUUAACACACUCCCACCAACAACUCUUCUUCGUCCACUCCAAAUUCAUUCCCACUAAAAAUCCGUACCCACACGCCUAAGGCGCUGUUUGUUUGUGUUUUUUAAAAUUCCCAUUUUUCCUUAUGAGAAGACUAUCUUCCCUCUUCCUCCCACAGCCCCCACAAAUACCGCAAAAGAAACUCUUCUCAUCUCCCCCAAACGCGCCCUCCAAAAAGACCAAAAUGUCCUCCUCCGCCGCCGCCCUCCGCCUCCGCCGCCGCCACAAGAAGGUCGUCGUCAUCAUGGGCCCCACCGGCUGCGGAAAAUCGAAGCUUUCAAUCGAUUUGGCCGCCGGAUUCUUCCCGGCGGCGGAAAUCAUUAACUCCGAUAAAAUCCAAGUCUACCGCGGCCUCGACAUCACCACCAAUAAAAUCCCGCCGCCAGAGAGGAAGAACGUCCGCCACCACCUCCUCGGCGAGUUCGGCGGCGGCGACUUCACGCCGGCGGAUUUCCGGUCGGCGGCCUCCGCCGCGAUCUCGCAGAUUUGGUCUCGCCGGAAAUUGCCGAUGGUCGUCGGCGGAUCGAAUUCCUUCAUCUACGCAUUGAUGGCGAAGCGAUUCAAUCCGGAAAUCGACGUUUUCGCCGACGGCGAAUAUUCCGGCGGCGGUGGAGGUGGUGGCGCCGCCUUCUGCAAGGAGGUCCGGUACAACUGCUGCUUCAUUUGGAUCGACGUAUUUCCGCCGGUGUUAAAUGAUUACCUAUCGAGGAGAGUUGACGACAUGCUCGAAUCGGGGAUGGCGGCGGAGCUGUCGGAGUAUUUCCGGUCGCCGGAGAAGCUGUGGCGGCGGAAAUGCGGGCUGAACAAGGCGAUCGGAGUGGCGGAGUUCCGGCGGCGGUUUAUCGGCGGGUGGGAGGAGAGGGAGGCGGUGGGGGCGAUCAAGGAGAACACGUGUCAGCUAGCGAAGAGGCAGAUGGGGAAGAUCGUACGGCUGAGGGAGGAGGCCGGGUGGGAGCUGAAGAGGGUGGACGCAACGGCGUCGUUUAGGGCCAGGAUGGAAUCCGGCGGCGGCGUGGCGGCGGAGAUUUGGGAAAGGGAGGUGGUGCAGCCCAGCGUGAAGAUUGUGAAGAACUUCUUGAUGGAGUGAGUGAGUGAGUGUGUAGUAGGUUCUCCACCUCUUCCUCAUUCACCCCACCCCCACCACCCACCUCCCGAAAUUCCCAUUUUGCCCUCGUCUCUCUCACUCUCUCUAUAUAUAAUAUACCUACAUACAUAUAUAUAUAUGUCUCUAUGUGUGUGUUCUGAAUCUUUCUCUGGUUCACUA